UUGUUUUGGUCCGUCCCAAGAUGGCGUCCGGCGGAGAUGACAGCGAGGCUCUGCGGGCUUCUCUGCGGGCUUCUCUGCUCUCCUGCCUGGGCGCUUUGGACCCGAGCGUCACCCAAACCCUGGAUGACCGUGUGCUGGAGCUGUUCCUGAUGAGGACGGCCGAGAUGAGGCGGAGGAGGGUCCGGGAGACGGAGGCCAGGGCGCGGAGGCUGCGGCACUACCUGCGGCGGAGGAAGACGCUGGUGCUGUCGGCAGUGGCGGGGGUCCUCAGCCUCGUCAACUCCAAACCCAGAGAAAUAUGGAGCAGGGAUCGGCCCGUGGAAGGAGGAGAUUUUUGGCAGUCAGCUCAGCGCUUCACUGAUGAGGAGUGGAAGGCCCAGUUUCGGGUCACACGCGCCACCUUCACCCACCUCCUGCAGCUCCUCGAGUCCUCUAUCACCCGAAAGAAGACCCACAUCCGAAUGCCCAUCGACGCACGCCGCCGCCUCGCCAUCGCCCUCUGGUGGUACGGGCGGGGAGAGGAGUACAGGCACAUCGCAGAGAGGUUUGGCGUUGGCGUGACAACCGUCUGUAUCAUACUGCGCCAGGUUACCAUGGCGAUCGUCAACAAACUGUUUAAAAAGUUUGUGUUGCUGCCGAGUGGAGAGAAGUUGGACGCGGCCGUGAGAGCCUUUAAAGAGCUGGGUUACCCUCAGUGCGCAGGGGCCAUCGGGGCCACUCACAUUCCCAUUGUAGGCCCCAGAGAAAACCCACAGGACUACAUGAAUUCCAGCGGCUGGUACUCCGUCAUCCUACAGGCCGUGGUAGACCAGGAUCUACAUUUCACCCACGUGUACGCGGGCUGGCCCGGCAGCAGCUCCAACUCAACAGUUCUGUCCAGCUCAGACCUGCUCCUGAAGGCAGAGGACCAGCUGCAGGGAGCCCUCUUUCCACAAGAGAAGUCCAUAGUGUUGAAUGGGGUGGAGAUCCCGGUGCAUCUGAUCGGCGAUUCUUCGUUCCCUCUCAAAUCCUGGUUGCUGACGGGCUACGACCUCGACCUCUCACCCCAACAGCGCCGCUUCACGUACAGCCUGAACGCCGCGCACUCUGUGGUCGACUCCGCCUUCUCUCGUCUCAAAGGCAGGUGGCGCUGUCUACAGAAGAGGAAGGACAUAGAGGUAACUGCGAUGCCCGGGUUGGUGUCCGCCUGCUGCGUCCUGCAUAACAUUUGUGAAUAUUUGGGAGAUGAGUACUUUUCCGAGUGGAGCGAGGACAGAGAGGUGGGGCCUGGACUAGCUUUUCCACAGCCAGAAGUAGAUCCCUGUGAGACGGAGGGUUACGGGAGAGCGGAGGUGAUCAGGCACGCCAUGACUUAUAACUUUUUAGAAAUCCAACAGCAACCGACUACCAUAAAUGGAUUUACUUUUACAUACGAAGACUGAAGAGAACUGUUUGUUAUAAGAAACAUUUGUAAAGCCUGAACUAAAAUGGACUUUUUUACCAUUUAUUUUUUAACCAUGUUUUAGUGUACUGUUGCUUCAUUCCUGGAGUUAUGUUUUUUGUCAUUUGCACAUGUGUAAAGUGGAGAUAUUUUAUAAAAUGUACUUUAUAGAGUUUUCUACCUUGUUAUAAUAUUGUGUCAUCCCUGUAUAUUUCAGUAAUCUUGCAGUCUCUUCUACGCACUAUUCAAACCCUCCUCAGCUGUAUGAGACUGUACAAAACAAUACACUACAACUUGACAAAUCUGAUGUGAUGUACAGUAGUUCAUUGGCGGGAUGUAAUGGCGAUGUAAUAUGAUAGUGCUCUGAUCGUGCUCUGAGAGGGGAGUGACAGUGGAAACAUACGUUAUUAUGUUUUGUCUCAACAAUAAUACACCAUAGAAGUGUAAUGCCACCUCUCCAAGUAUUUUAUUAUAUUAAAAGUUUGGAGACUAAAAAAGAACAAAGUAA